GAGAAAUCUCACAGGCCACACCAUCAACUAACCUCGAUUGUCUUCACACCUCUCUCAAGAUGGCAGAACAAAUCUGUUCAAGUUGUCAGGAGUCCCUCUUCAUUGAGAUCGAGCCCGACAGCGACGUCGAGGACUCAAAAGCCGCAGCACAAGUUACAAGCGUACCAGACGAUGUCGAAUUGAGUUGUGGUUGUCACUAUCACUGGGAAUGUUUUUUGGACGCCUACACAAUCACUGAAUGCCCCAAUUGCUCCAAGGACAUCUCCUCUCUUUCUCCUAGCGGAUCGCAACAAGUCUUGGUUACUCUUCGCAACGAAGGCGGUGUCCAGGAGGGUUAUGAUAUCCUGCCGGCCGCUACAGAAGAAGCAUACCUCCGAGCGUAUCCGGAAGAAAGAAAAGGUCAUGCCUACCUGGAAUUCUGCAGAGAAGGCGACGUUGAUGCCAUUGUCCAUAUGAUCAAGGAUGUCGACGAGGAUGAUGAGACUGACGAGCACUCCGAUAUCUUAAGAUACCGCGGGACAUUCGAGGGUAUUGAAGGGUCUGGUCUACACGUUGCCAUUCGCUAUCAACAACAAGAAGUCGCCUGGUUGUUGCUGGCCCUGGGAUCUCAGCUCUCCUGGGAGAAGUUCCCCUCAAUAGUUUUGCAGGCUAUGGAAGGACUUGGAUUGCAGAAAGAAGAUCGAAACGCCAACCCGGACAUCCGGAGUCUUAAGGACAGCGAAGGAAAGACGCCACUCGACUUGGCCAAAGAGGUUGGAGGACCGUGGACGGAUUGGCUUAAUCAAGGCCGUUUGUCACCUUGAACUAGGAAAUUAAGAUCUGAUUGAAAAACAGACAGCGCUUCUGGAUUCAUUAUAUGCUGACUAGGGAGGUCGAGCCGGGAAGUCUUGCCGAAUGGAUCUUGUCUCACGCCAUAAUUCUCUAUCUAACCCAGGGAGAAAGAGGGAUUGAUAGAGAUCUAA